AUGUUCAAAGCCAUCAAACCAUUCUUAGUCUUGAUGACCUUCUUAGUCUUGAUCAUCGCAUACACACUGGCUCAUAAACAUAAACCGAUAGGUCUAGAAGUCACAUGUGAAUCAAGUUGGAAUACCACUCAACUCAAUACUACUUCUGCUUAUACUUGCUCUGAUCGUGGUGUGAAUUAUAAUUGUACAAUUUGUCAUGGAACUCUACUGGGAAAAGAUUGUUAUAAAAAACUAGGUGAAGAUCAUUUUGAUAUAAACCCAUCAGGUGAUAUCCAAUGUACCAAAUCCUAUAACCGUACAGCCUACGAAGAAGGUGGUGGAUUAACUAUUUGUAUUGAUAAUUCUAAUACGGUUUAUCAAUGUUCACAUAACGAAAAACCUACUGUAUGUGAAUCUUGUGAACGGGUUGGGGUAACAAGUAAUCCAUGA